AUGGGCAUGCUGGCUCUCGGUGCCAUGCAGGUUGCUUCCGGCGCCUUGGCUGAUCUCCAGACCUGUCCCAAUGAUAUCCCUCUCAGCUGCAACAAUUCGACCGCCGUGUCGGAUUCUUGCUGCUUCAAUGCUCCUGGAGGUACCCUCCUGCUCACUCAAUUCUGGGAUACGGACCCUGCGACGGGACCUUCUGAUUCCUGGACCAUCCACGGACUUUGGCCCGACAACUGUGACGGCAGCUACGAGGAGUUCUGCGACUCAUCGCGAGAGUUCUCCAAUAUCACCGCUAUCCUCAAGGAGCAGGGCCGUGACGAGCUGCUAUCCUACAUGAACACCUACUGGAAGGACUAUGACGGCGACGACGAGUCCUUCUGGGAGCAUGAAUGGAACAAGCACGGAACCUGCAUCAACACCAUCGAACCCAGCUGCUACACCGACUACACCCCGCAGCAGGAAGUCGGCGACUAUCUCGCCAAAGCCGUCGAGCUCUUCAAGGGUCUUGACACCUACCAGGCCCUCGCCGACGCCGGCAUCACCCCCGGCUCCAAAACCUACGAUCUAGACGAGAUCGAAUCGGCCCUGGCCAAACUCAACGGCGGCUUCAAACCCACCGUCAAUUGCAGAAGCGGGGCCCUGAACGAGGCCUGGUACUACUUCAACAUCAGGGGCAAUGCGAUCGACGGUGACUACGAGCCUACUGGUCCGCUCUCCGAUUCGACCUGCCCGUCCUCUGGUAUCAAGUACCUGGCUAAGCCUAAGAGUAACAAUUCCUCGAUCCCUGCGAUGAUGAGAAGGAGGGUGGGUCGGGCUGCUCGUUUGGUUUAG